AUGGAGGGCCACCACAGCGGUAUAACGUUGCCUGCCGCCUUUGCCGAGGCGUGGAAACGCCAACGCUCCCUGGACGCUGGGGCAGGAGGAAAGGCCGAAGAAGUUUUUGGCGCUUGGGAACGUUGCAACGCCCUUUUGCAGCCAGCCCUCCCAGCUCUCUUCUCCCGUAAUGAGCGCUUGGAUGACUUCAACACCUCCACCCUCAAGUACCUGCUUGUGCCCUAUUACUUGGGUGGGGCGCUUGCGCAGCUGCCCGCUCUGGCCAAGCGUGCCCACCACCUCAAGAGAGCACAGGCGUGUUUCUCCGCCUUCCUCGCCGAGCUAGAGCGGCACGAAGGGCUCACUCGAGAGGACCUCAAUGUGUGGCAUCGCGAGACGCAGCUCCAACCGACAGCACGCCGGACGGAAAGGAUCAACCGCGCCCGAAGAGAACGCGAGCUGCAGCUGGCAUUGCAAGAGCUGCAUCAACGGCGAGGAAUUUCAGCCUUGGCUGGCCACGAUGAGGAAGACGAGGAGCACGCUGACGAGGAGGUCGAGAGAGAGAUUUGGCUCAACACCAUCCAACUUGCCGUGAGCUGCCGCUUGCUGAGAGAAUGUCCAUUUCGGAGACAGCGCACGAGCUGGAUGCCAAGAGGGUCCAGCAGGAGAGACCCAGGACCGCGCAGGAAGACACCAAGGUUCCAAGCAAGGCGACCGAGCGGGAGCGUAAGCAACGGGAGGUGUUCCGUCCCUCGUGGAACUUGCCCACGGUGA